AUGGGGAAGAAGCCGCCGCACCAGUCCGACAUAGAGGCGGCGCGAUAUCCCCCACCUCCACCGCCUAAUUUCUACAUUCCACAGCCUCCUCUGUGGUUCUCAUGGUUGGUGCCACUCAUUUUCUUGGCCAACAUUGCCUGCUUCGUCUAUACCAUGUACGAAAAUGAUUGCCCUGCCUACUUGAACGACGAGUCUUGCCUUUUCUCUGAAUAUCUUGGCAGGUUCUCCUUCCAACCCUUCCGGGAAAACCCUCUCCUUGGCCCUGCCAUCCGCACGUUGCGGCUGUUAGGAGCCCUUGAAGAGGACCUAGUGGUGGAGCGACAAGAAGUAUGGCGCUUCUUUUCCUGCAUGUUUCUUCACGCUGGAGUCGUGCAUUUGCUAGCCAAUAUGUUCAGCCUUCUCUUUAUAGGGAUUAGGCUUGAGAAGGAAUUCGGAUUUUUUAGAAUCGGACUCUUAUAUGUGCUUUCUAGCUUUGGCGGAAGUUUGCUGUCCAUUUUGCAUUUGAAACAGAAUAGGUCAAGUACCGUAUCAGUUGGUGCAUCUGGUGCACUUUUUGGUCUUCUGGGUGCCAUGCUUUCCGAGCUUCUAACGAACUGGAGUAUCUAUGCCAAUAAGUGUGCAGCUCUUGCAAGCCUACUGAUCAUUGUUGGCCUAAACUUGGCUGUUGGAUUUCUACCUCAUGUGGACAAUUCAGCUCAUGUCGGAGGUUUCUUGACAGGAUAUUUCCUCGGUUUUGUUCUUUUAAUGCGCCCUCAAUAUGGAUACGUAAAUCGCAAAUAUAUACCUCCUGGAUAUGAUGUGAAACGUAAAUCAAAGUACAAAUGGUAUCAAUAUUUCUACCUGUUCGUGUCACUCGUCAUUUUGAUUCUCGGAUUUGCAUACUGCCUGGCUAACCUGUACGUAGAAAAUGCAGCCGACAAAUUUCCCUUCAUACAGAGUUAUCCAAGAUGAAGGGUUCUAACUGCGCAGUCAGUUCUUCAGUUUGCAUUACAAAGUGAAAAGCUUCCCUUUCAGGAGCGUUUGAGACAGAAACAGAUAAUGAAAGCUUCG